ACAAUCACACAAAAACUUUGCCGCUCAAAAUUAGGGCUUUUUUGUUCUCUUCUUCUUCUUUCUCAAAGUUUCAGUAAGCAGAGUAGGAAGAAGAAUGUCGAAGGACGUAGAUAUGAGUGGAUGGAGUGAGCUUCUACAUUCUUCUUCGAAGCUUCUAGAACAAGCUGCUCCUUCUCCUCAGUUUCCUCCUCUUCAGAGGAAUUUGGAUCAAUUAGAAGCAUUAACGAAGAAAUUGAAGGCUAAAACUUUAAGAACUGAAGCUCCUACUCAGUCUAUUGCUGCUACCAGGUACUUCUUUUCUUUGUAUGAAGUACAUCAACCAUGUAGUUUUUAAAUCAUACUCUUUUUU